AUGCGGAAAAUCAAACGGCUCGAAGACCUCGUGAAGAAGGCUGAACGCGAUGGGAACGCCGAGAAGCAAAUGGAUCUCCUGUUAGACCUUGGGAAUGAGCACAAGGCCGAUGGGAACAAGGAGGCAGCCAUUCUUCAAUUCAAGGAAUGCCUGAAUAUGGCCCGAGCACGCGGUGACAAAUUCAACCGAUGCCUGGCCUCGCGCGCCAUCGCCGAAGUCUCCGCCGAUAUGGACAAUCUGACGGAGGCGGAGAAGUAUGCAAAAGAAUACCGCGACACGGCACGGCAAUCCGAUUGGCCAUCGGAGAUUCAGCUCUCCCUACACACCAGCGGAUACGUGUAUCAAGUGGUGGCGGCCAUCCGGAAGGAAGGAGAUGAAUUUGUGAACCUUACACGAAAGGGCAUCGACUGGGCCGAGCAGAGCUUUCGAUAUAUCCGGGACAAUCGACAGUUGAUAGACGAAUCGAAAGAAGACGUUGAUCGAGGCGGCGACUCGGUGACGCGGCAGGCCAAUCUCCACUCGAUGCUCGCCCUGCUCUACGGCCAAAUCAGCGAGAAGGAGCGGGCGACGAGGCACGCACAGGCCGCCUUCAAUUCGGCUGGGAAGCGCAAGGAGUACGACGUGAUGUUCAGCGCCCUGCUCAACCAGUUCGACUGGCCCUGGUCGAAUAAGAUGGAGCUGGCGAAACAGAUGGGACAAGCGGCCGUCCAUCUCAAAGCCAAGGAAAAGGCGCUCGCGCGCUUUCACUGCGUCAAGGCUCUGCUCUACUACAAGGGGGAUCUGAAAGAGGCGCAACGGGUCUGCUACGAGUUGAUCGUCCACGUCAAAGAGCUAGGAGAUGACCAGAGGGAGGCGCAGAAGACCAUUGUGGCCGUAUGGCGUCUACGGAAUUGCAUCGAGGCGGCCGCGGCUAUGGAGGCCACAAUGCCCAUCAAGGCUGGAAAAUACUACGAAAAGAUCGGCGACUACCUGACGGGGCUUCGGAUCUUGCCGCUGGCCACGAAGUACUACGCCAAGUUUCUCGAAUAUGCGCCGCGGGGGCCCCGGAAAAUGGAGGCGUACGAGUCGUUGGCGGCCAGCUACUUGGAUGCCGCCAAGUAUGCGCAACAAGAGGAGGAGCGCGCAAAGUUUGUGCGAGCCGGCCAGGAGGUGUGCGCGCGAUGGUUGGCCGAGUUGGGCAAGGAGGGCGGAGAGACGGAUUCAGCCCGCGGGACCCGCUAUCAACUUGACCUCCUCACCGGAAUCUCGAUCGGUGAAGCCCGCCUCAAACUCGAGCAGCUGAAGCCGAUCUCCGAGAAGGAAAUGGAAAAUGCGCGUGACGCGUUCGCCAGCCGAUUCGAGGGCGGUCCCCCGGCCAGCGAUGACGAGCUGGACACGGAAGAGUGUGAAUGUGGCGAAUGCCCGCUGGAUAGCCCCGAUGCGGAGACGAUGUGGAAGAGCAUUCUAGACGAGGCCGCGGUGUACGCGCGACGCGAGAAGCAGGACCCGCGGGGCGAGACGGAGAUGCACAAGGCGGCCCGUGACGCUGAUGUCGACACGCUGCGGAAGCUGAUUGGAUGGAUCUCAACAAUGGCCUCCCAACGCAGCUGCAGGAGCACCCAGCGCUCAGCCCCAAUCCGCAAGCCAGCAGCAACACGAGAGCGUGCCGGUGAUAAGUUCGUCGUCCCGCGCGUCACCUCCAGCGACGACGACGACGAGAACCGAUGUCCAACUACACAAACCGGUCAGCAUUUCUCGUUUUCGCCUUCCGGAUUUCUAGUGCUGAAAAAUUGGGUCGAGUACGAGCACGAGAACGGGACGCCGUUGCUGAACAAGGCGGGCGAGCCGAUGCGCCACAUGAUCGCGCUCGACCGGGACACACGAAUCGAUGCGCUGGCCGAGCACGAGAAGAUCAAGGAGAUGGCCGCCAAGAAUUCGCAUUGGGCCCUGGAGACGCUCUGCCUCGACUUCAACGUGUUCACCGAUGGAACGCAUCUCCGUUCGCUGCUGGCCCACACGCGUGGUCUCCGCCAUCUUGACCUCAGCGGUGUGGAAUUGUCGGAAGGGCUGGAAGACGUUUUCGAUGCAAUCACACAGCUGGACGAACUGCGGACGUUGGUGUUGUCCGGUUGCCGAUGGGUGGACGGGCCGAGGCUGCAGCUGCUCGUCGAACGAUGCCCCGAACUUCACACGCUCACCGCGCAGGGGACCGCCGUCGCCGAGCUGUGCAUUGAUCUGGGAACCGCGCCGUCACUCCGUCUACUCGACAUCUCGGCGUGCCGGUUGACGCGCGAGGCCGUCGAAUCGACGCUGGAAUGGGCCAGCACCUCAGAGGUGGAAAACGUGAACGUGGGUGGAAGCCCGGUCGGCUUGGCCACGCUACGAAGGGUCGUCGAUUCGAGGCGUGGAAUGGGGCCUCGGCUUUCGCUGGGACUCGUCGGCUGCGCCUUCUAUGAUGAGCAGCUACGGGACAUUCCUUUGGAUGAGCUGGGCGACGUGUUCUCGGGACUAUGCGACGAGACGGGAGACGACAGCGUCCGCUUCCGCUUAUCAACCCGGCUGACGAGGCUGAUUGCCGACAAAGACGGGUCCGUCGCCGAACAGCUGCUCUGCACGUUG